GCGCAGACUCCCCGGCCGCGGGGACCGGCUUGGGCUCGGCCGGCUCCGGCGGGUGGGGACGCGGUGCGCGUUGCCCACGGGCCACUCUGGCUGCCUGGUGCUCCGCGAGGGGCGUGUGCCCGAGCCGCGCAUCCGCGGGCUCCAUGUUCACCGAGCUGCGGUCAAAGCUGAGCCCCCCGCGAGCUCGCGCCGGGGCUGUGCGUACAGGCUUCGGGGAGCGCCCGGAUGUGGACGGUGAGCUGGGAUGAACCCAGGCGCAGGAAUAUCCUUCUGCCAGACCCUCCUAGAGCAUACAGUGUCAGCUGAGAACAUACCCUGCCACCUGCCUCGGACACCAGGCACCAGCCUCACAUGGCACGACUCCCGAAGCCAGAGGGCAUCCAGCAGCAGGCCAAUCAAGCUCCUUCAACAGCCGGGCUCAGAGACCCCCCAGGCCCGGCUGUACUCUGAUCACUAUGGUUUGUACCACACGAGCCCUUCGCUGGGUGGCCUGACAAGGCCAGUGGUCUUGUGGAGUCAGCAGGACGUUUGCAAGUGGCUCAAGAAACAUUGUCCUCACAACUACCUCGUCUACGUCGAGGCCUUCUCCCAGCAUGCCAUCACGGGCCGAGCUCUGCUUCGACUGAACGCAGACAAGCUGCAGAGAAUGGGGUUGACCCAAGAGGCUCAGAGGCAGGAGGUGCUGCAGCAGGUGCUCCACCUGCAGGUGCGUGAGGAGGGGCGGAGCCUGCAGCUGCUCAGCCAAGCUUCCUUCGGAAACAUGUCCUAGCUGUUGCCUAUACUUGGACCCCAGACCCCAACACUGUGACCAGAGCCCACAGCCAAGAAUGAGUCAGAACUGGCCCUACAGCCCCUUUGGAUCCUGCAGGAUACCCUAGCGGCUAAACCUAGCCCAGGGGUCAGGGAGGAGCAAGACCUCCAUCUCCAGGUGCCUCUGGAGAGGCACUACAGGUUCUGCCCUGCGGCUGGGUGGGUGGUUGCUGCCUGCUUAUAGACCCUUCUUCUGAGAUCCAAGCCCAGGUCCAUCCCCUGGUGCUGCUGGCAGCAAACAGGGUAGCUGCCUGGAACUAGAGUGGGGUUUGAAUGUCCCCAGACUCCCAGGGAGUCUGUUUAUUUAUGUUCCCUCCAACAUGUGACCAUCCCCCAUCUGAGUCAUGAGUCUUACCCUUAAGUCUUAGUUCUGUGUCUUUCCCAGGCACCUCCAGAUCAGCCACACAGUGGGACAAGCUGUCUUGGCUCUUUGAAGUGUAUCUGUCCCAGAGUACAGCAGGCCCAACCUGCUGUCCAUACUAAUAGUCAUCAAUUCAUGACAUCAUGCCAUGCUUCACUCAGUGAUUGUGAAACGUCAGCAGACCCUAUCCACACUGUAGACGUGAAUUUGAGAGGGGUCCAGGAUGCUCAGGCUGGAAAGCCAGUGUGCGGCACAGAUCCCAGUGGUGUGCAGGUAACUGUGCACAGCUCACCAGUUCAGAUCCCAGUGCUGUGCAGGUGACUCUGUGCACAGCUCACCAGUUCAGCAGUGUUCUCAAUCUUACUUUUGAAGAAGUCAUGCUUUUAAACAGCUUCCCUAUUCCCUGGCUCUUAGAGACUAUGUUGAAGAAGUGUGUGUGUGUGUCUGUCUGUCUGUCUGUCUCUGUGUGUGUUCAUGUGCACCUCUGUGGCUUUCCCAAGAAAACCAACCUGUUUUCAACCGAGAAAAUGAUGUAGAGCAGUUCUUUCAUGUGUCACCAGACACCUGGACAACCCCUCCUUGGGUAUUUGGGGGCUUGUUGCUGCCAGAAAGGAGGGCAAAGGGUGACCCUGGCAGCUCACUCUGACUCUGCCCUCUACCAACUUUACCAGGGACUCUAAAAUCUCAGGGACAGUUGAGGCUUGGCCUCCAGUCCCCUCUGUGUGCCAAGAGCUGGCCUCAAUUCAAGGUUGCUCAUUACGGUUAAUUUGGGCCACUGGCCUGCAAUCUUCCAUCCUGUAUACCCUGCAUCCAUGCAGGGGCUCCCUUAUUGUGUUUGCCUGCCUCUAGAAUCCCCCAGUCCUGGUGCGUGCAAUCAGAGGGCCUUCUCUGAUCUCUUUCUCUCUCCUGUCUUUUCUUCCCAAUGCUCCUGUCCUGUCUUCCUUGGUUUUGGUCACUUUUUUAUACUCUGACCAAAAAAAGAAAAGAGAAAAAAAUCAGAAAUAAAUCUGGUUCUCAAAUGCC